CCCGUCCAGGAGACGAGCCGGAGAGGAAGAGUGAUAGGAGGGAGAAUGCUGGAGACAACCCGAGAUCAGAGGCUACGUGUCAGGGGACCCCUCUUCAUACUGUGCAUGGUUCCGUUCCUGUGCUCCACUAAGGAGACAACGUCUGUAACCAAACAAUCCGAGCGGUACUUGAAUAACAGAGACUAUGUCACUUUUGAGAACGCUCCAGAAGGUCUUGCCAAUGCAAACAUUUCCGUGGAAUAUCUGUGUAGCAGGCCUUGCACGGUGCACAUGGACGUUGUGGCUUCCUCGGAAUUUAGAACUGGGAUUUUAGUAUUUAAAAAGUCUUGGAAGAAUGAGAAACAUGUCCAUGAGCUCCGGAGCCGCUCCGUAAACUUGAUGCUUCCCAGUCGUAUGGUCUACAGGAGCGAUGAUAUCAUGAAGCACAGCAUAGAGGUGUACUUUGUGGCACUACGUGCGUGGGUGGUGCACAAUGACCACGUAGAAAGUGACUCCAAACACAACGAAACCAUUUUCUAUGCAGCAGCCAAGGCUUAUAAAGUGGUAGAUACCAGACCACCACAUCAGCGUCCUUACAAAGAUCAUCAGAUAUGUAAGUCAUGGUACCUAGAGCACAGGUGGAGGAAAAAGGAAACAUCCAUAUCUGUGUGCCCAUUGGAAACAGAUGUGUUCACCCUGAUCUCUUCCCCGCUGGCAUCAAGCCAUGAAUACAGCGGCCUUAUCAAGAAAUUUGAGUCAUUUAAUAACAUAGACCUGGAGAUGAGAAGACGCCAGCUUGUUAAGCAUUACCCGAUGUUUACAUUUUCCAUCUGGAUGUAUUUGUUGGACUAUUGUAAAAGUAAAGAAUGUGGGAUCAUCCAUCAUGUAGACAGUAGUAAGAUGUAUACAACACCACUACUUUUCCUGACUCCUACAGGUCAGGUUCAUGUUCAGAUGCAGCUAAGGAAGGGAAGUGACAUUGCGAUAUUAUCCCAUUUUAGUCUCCCUUUGUAUCAGUGGGUGCGUCUAGAUGUCAUGGUACAUGGAGGAAUGAUUGUUUUACAUACUUUUGUGGGGCGAGAAGUAGAAAGUUAUGAAUCCCAAACCUAUAGUGUGGAUGAUGAAAUCAAUUUUGAUGAUACUGAUGGCUUCAUGGCUCUUGGGGGCAGCAAGUAUGUAGCAGGCAUAGAUGGUUUCUUUGGACCUGUGAAAUAUUACCGCCUUAAGGCUCUGCAAAUGGAUGAGAUAUCCAACCCUCUUCCAGAAGAUGAACUUUAUCGCCAAAUCCAGGAUUAUUACAGCAGAUGUUUUACCGUGAAAGACAUAGUACAUCUGUAUGUUGAUACGCUAAAAGAGAAACACAUCAAGGAGACAAAGAGUCAAGCCAAGAAUCCUUACAUGGACCUCUACCUAAAAUAUAGAGACAGACCCAUCUGUAAGAUAGUUUCUUGGACACAAGAGGAUGAAAGAAAACAUAGUCAUUUAUUUCAACUUCUAACAUCUACAGAGAGGAUUUCAAUGGAUUUUUGGAAUGAUCCAGUACCUGCAGUUGGGAAAAAGAUGUUUGAAAGUGUUAUAAGGGACUUGUCUAAUGGUUUCCAACAUCUAAAUUCUUCUAUCCCCCAUUUAAUGGAUGCUAGCUGCUGUGGAUAUCAUAAAGCAUCCUACCUGUUAGCCAUUAUCUAUGAAAUUGGCCUAGGUGUGCCUACCAACCCAACCCAGGCUCUGUUAUAUAGCCUAAUUGGGGCACAAGAAGACGAUAGACUUGCUCUGCUGAAGCUUGGGUAUAAGCAUCUUCAAGGAAUAGACACUCACAGUUUGGAUCUAGAUGUUGCAUUUGUAUACUACAUGAAUAUUGCAAAGAAAACUCCAAAGGACCGGUUAGCCAGACACGCAGAACAGGCAUUUGUAGAAACCGUACGGUUAAUGGAUGAUGAUAUUUUAAAGGAGCAAACCAGGGAGACUGAUGAUCUGUUCCUGUGGCUUAAACAGAAUGCAGAGAGAGGUGAUCCAUAUGCCCAGCAUAGAUUGGCCCAAAUGCUUUUCUGGGGCCAGCAAGGUGUGACCCAGGACACCAGAGCAGCCAUAGAAUGGUAUGAACGCGGAGCUAUGGAGAAUGAAGAGCCAGUGCUGAUGUAUGAUUAUGCUGUGCUACUGUUUAAGGGUGAUGGGGUGCCAAAAAACAAGAAACUGGCUUUGGAGUUAAUGAAGAAAUCUGCUUCUAAGGGGCAAGUGGAGGCUUUGAAUGGCUUAGGCUGGUAUUACCAUAAUUUCAAGAAAGACUAUGUGAGGGCUGUGAAGUACUGGAGCAGAGCCUACGAUAAGGGAAAUGCAGAUGCAGCAUUUAAUCUUGGAGUUAUGCAUCUGCAAGGUAUCUAUCCAGCAGAAUCUGGUGCCAAUGAGACGCGUGCCUUUGAAUACAUGUCUAAAGCUUCAGAAGGUGGCCAUAUUGAAGCCUCUAUUAAUGUAGCACAAUAUUUAAUCACGGGGAGUUUGAGGAAUAUACAGAGAAAUCCAGAGGCAGCCAUCAUUUUGGCAAAGUUUGUGGCUGAACAAAAUGGAAAUAUUGGACUGAUUAUCAGAAAAGCGGUAAAUGCCUAUUUGGAUGGGUCACUAAAUGAGGCUUUUUUGCAUUUCAUCUUGGCAGCAGAAGCGGGUAUUGAAUCAUCUCAGACAAAUGUGGCAUAUCUCUGCGAGGAACUUCCUGAGCUGUCUGCAAUUUUAAGAGAUACCUGCAUAUUGAGGUAUUAUAAUCUGUCAGCACACCAGCCCACUCCAUCAACAUAUGCUUUAUUAAAGAUGGGUGAUAUGUAUUAUUAUGGUGGGGAAAGUCACCAUAGAGAUCUGGAAGAGUCAGGAAAGAUGUACACACAGGCAGCAGCACUUGGGGAUGCUCAGGGCUUUUUCAACUUAGCUCAACUUAUCCAAGAGGGAAUCACCGUUCAUGAAUAUAUGUUAAGACAUUUGAAGUUGAGCACAUCUGUGUUUGGGGACAAGCACACGCUUGUGAUAGAGCUCUAUGAAAGGUGCCAGAAUCACAGCAGUGACGAGGGCAUUAGUCCUUGUACUCUUGUACUACUUUACCUACAAGUGAAUGACGUCUGGAAUUCCUUGCUGCACUCCCCUAUGGUACGUGUAGGAGGUCACCUCUACAAUAUUACUUCAUAA